GAAAUCCGAUACUUGAUAAAAAAAAUCCCCAUUAUUCAUAAAAUAAUAUAAUGAGUAAAUUAGGAUAAUGGGAUAUUUCAAUUAAAAAAGAAACUGUUUCCUUUUCAAAUGGCACCUGUUUGAUUUGCUACGUGACAUAAAAAGGAGGUAAGGAAGGUGAAAAGGAAGAAGACAACAGGACCAGGAAGGAAGGAAGAAGUCUCGGAAAGUUGAUAUAGAUUUUCUGAACUUGAGUAUAAAAACAACAGAAUUAGUGCAUCUUGUGUUAAGAGGUACUUCCGCCUAGGGUAAUAUAGUAAGAAUUCAGUGGAAUCAUGGCUGUUUUUAUGAUCCUGACCAUAUUUCUGAUUGCAACAAAACUAAGUUCAGCCGGAUAUUGUGACAAAGACAAUGAAGAGACUUACAGUUAUCAUGGCUCCACAAAUGGUCCAAGACAAUGGCCAAGACUAUUUCCCGCCUGCAAUGGAGACAUACAAUCUCCGAUCGACAUUCAAACCAAUAAUGUGAGACGGGACCGUCAUCUCGACAAACUGUACUUCUUCGGUUACAAUACCCUUGUCAAGCAAGCUACCGUUGUAAAUGAUGGACAUACAGUGAUGAUAACACCUCAAGAUAAUGUCAAACGUGGGAUUACAGUUCAGGGAAUAGAUUACAAUCUUCAACAGCUUCAUUUUCAUUGGGGAUCAGAAAAAUACCCAGGCGGGGAGCAUACCUUGAAUGGACGCAAAUUUGAAAUGGAGGCUCAUUUUGUGCAUAAUAGCUCAGAUGGCAGAACUGCUGUCGUAGGAGUUCUGGUUCAGGCGGCGAAGAAAGAUAACAAAGCAUUCAAACCAAUUGUUGAAAUUUUGUCUGAAGUUCUGUACAAAGAUGAUUCUACACGACUGAAAUCUUCACUCUAUUUCAACAAACUUCUACCUGCAUCUCCGGCUUCUUAUUACGGUUACACUGGUUCUCUCACGACACCAAUGUGCACUGAAGGUGUCUCAUGGUUCGUUCUCCAAAAGACGCAAACAAUUGGAUAUAAGCAACUGGACUCCUUCUUGAAAAUAUACUCCGUCAAAAAAGAGGAUCGAAGCAAAGAAUGUCUGCUUGCACCCAACAACAGACCGCUGCAGAAUCUGAACGGCCGUGGCAUCUAUGCAUCCCCAUAGAUUGAAUAAAAAAUUGUUUCAUUUUUUUAAAAUCAUUUACUGAAUUUUAUGACAACUUUUUGUUUUAUCAUAUAUUUUAACAAAAUGCGUCAGAGCAGAUGUUUUCUUUGGAGUUUGUAAACAUUAAUAUGUAAUCCUUGUUGAGAUUUCAUGCCUAAAUAAAUGAAUUCUCCAAAAUA